GUCGAUUAACUCUCGCCGGAGACAAACCCAUCUCUUAAAAAGUCUCUUUCGUAAACUCGAAGAGAGAGAGAGAGAGAGUUAGUUGUGGAGAGAGAGACAGAGAAGAAGGUUGGUUCGGUCGGUCCUCCUCUCUCUCUCUUCCCCGAGUAUGGUGAGAGUAGUACUUAGCAGUAAUGGAGAGAGCAAGAGACUUUAAAACCCCCCAUUUCUCUCUCCUUUUUUUCCCUUUUGUCCAUUAAAAACCCAUCAGUUACGCAAUUUCUAAAGGGUUGGGAGAGAGAAAGAGAGUUUUGGAAUCUGUAAUGAAUGUGAAGAAGCAAAAAAGGGUUAAGAGAGAAAAGAAAGAAAGCACUAAUGGCGGCUUUAGGUGAGGCUUUGAGGUGAAAGCUUAGAGCAAAUAGAGAUCAUCACUACCCUCUCUAUUUUCUCUUUCUAGGUUGGGCUCUGUAGACUGUAUAAACCACAAGAGACAUAAUUACGGCUAAAUAACCCAUUUUUUCCCCCUCUAUUUAGCUGAAUUUUUUGGGUGUGAGUGAACAAAAUUCUUUUCUGUAAUCAAUAAUUUCUUGCCUAAAACAAAACCCUUUCACCUCCCGUAAUCAUCGCCUCUGCAUCUUUCUUCAGAUUCUCUUCCGUUUCGUUUUCUUUUAAUCUCUCUUCUUCUUCUUUUUUUUUUUUUCUGGUGGGUGCAAAAAAAAAAACCUUUUUUUGUUUUUCUUCUCUUCUGGGUCUGUGUUAAUGGCGACAGUGGUGUAAAUGGACCAUUAACAGUUUGUGGUUGGGUGAAACUAGUAAAAGAGAAAAGAAAGUUGUUUUAGCCAUAGAUUAAACAGUGUUUACUGUUUGCUUAUUUGUCUCGACAUUUAGAAAAAAAAAAAGAUGAGUUUCGUCGUCGGCGUUGGCGGAAGUGGGAGUGGAAGCGGCGGAGACGGUGGUGGUAGCCAACAUCACGACGGCUCUGAAACUGAUAGGAAGAAGAAACGUUACCAUCGUCACACCGCUCAACAGAUUCAACGCCUCGAAUCGAGUUUCAAGGAGUGUCCUCAUCCAGAUGAUAAACAGAGGAAUCAACUUAGCAGAGAAUUGGGUUUGGCUCCAAGACAGAUCAAGUUCUGGUUUCAGAACAGAAGAACUCAGCUUAAGGCGCAACAUGAGAGAGCAGAUAAUAAUGCACUAAAGGCAGAGAAUGAUAAGAUUCGAUGCGAAAACAUAGCCAUUAGAGAAGCUCUCAAGCAUGCUAUAUGUCCUAACUGUGGAGGUCCUCCUGUUAGUGAAGAUCCUUACUUUGAUGAGCAGAAGCUUCGGAUUGAAAAUGCACAUCUUAGAGAAGAGCUUGAAAGAAUGUCGACCAUUGCAUCAAAGUAUAUGGGAAGACCAAUAUCCUCUCAACUCUCAACGCUACAUCCAAUGCACAUCUCGCCGUUGGAUUUGUCCAUGACUAGCUUAACUGGUUGUGGUCAAGGUCCUUCACUUGAUUUUGAUCUUCUUCCAGGAAGUUCUAUGGCUUCUGUGCCUAAUAAUCUGCAUUCUCAGCCUAACUUGGCUAUAUCGGAGAUGGAUAAGCCUCUUAUGAACGACAUUGCUAUGACGGCUAUGGAAGAGUUGCUUAGGCUUCUUCACUCAAACGAACCUCUGUGGACUAGAGCAGAUGGUUGCAGAGACAUUCUCAAUCUUGGAAGCUAUGAUAAUGUUUUUCCAAGAUCAAGUAACCGAGGGAAGAACCAUAACCGUCGAGUCGAAGCAUCUAGGUCAUCUGGUAUUGUUUUCAUGAAUGCUAUGGCACUUGUCGACAUGUUCAUGGAUUGUGUCAAGUGGGCAGAGCUAUUUCCUUCGAUCGUUGCAGCGUCUAAAACACUUGCAGUGAUAUCUUCAGGAAUGGGAGGAACCCAUGAGGGUGCAUUGCAUUUGUUGUAUGAAGAAAUGGAAGUGCUUUCUCCUUUGGUAGCAACACGUGAGUUCUGCGAGCUACGCUAUUGUCAGCAGAUUGAACAAGGAAGCUGGAUAGUUGUAAAUGUCUCCUAUGAUCUUCCUCAGUCUGUUUCCCACUCUCAGUCCUACAGAUUCCCAUCUGGAUGCUUGAUUCAGGACAUGCCUAAUGGAUAUUCCAAGGUUACGUGGGUUGAACAUGUCGAAACUGAAGAAAAAGAACCGACUCAUGAGCUAUACAGAGAGAUGAUUCACAAAGGGAUUGCUUUUGGAGCUGAACGAUGGGUCACCACUCUCCAGAGAAUGUGUGAAAGAUUUGCGUCCUUAUUGGCACCAGCUACAUCAUCCCGUGAUCUCGGUGGAGUGAUUCCAUCUCCGGAAGGGAAGAGAAGCAUGAUGAGACUUGCUCAGAGAAUGGUUAGCAACUACUGCUUAAGUGUCAGCAGAUCUAACAACACUCGCUCAACGGUUGUUGCGGAAUUGAACGAAGUUGGAAUCCGUGUGACUGCACAAAAGAGCCCUGAACCAAACGGCACUAUCCUCUGCGCAGCCACCACCUUCUGGCUCCCAAGCUCUCCUCAAAAUGUCUUCAAUUUCCUCAAAGACGAAAGAACCCGUCCUCAGUGGGAUGUUCUUUCAAAUGGAAACGCCGUUCAAGAAGUUGCUCACAUCGCAAACGGAUCACAUCCCGGAUGCUGCGUAUCGGUUCUACGUGCAUCGAAUGCAUCACAGAGUAACAACAUGCUAAUUCUACAAGAAAGCUCAAUAGACUCAUCAGGAGCACUUGUGGUGUACAGUCCGGUGGAUUUAGCAGCACUGAACAUCGCAAUGAGCGGUGAAGAUACUUCCUACAUUCCUCUCUUGUCCUCAGGUUUCACAAUCUCACCAGACGGAAGCCGAACCAUUGAGCAAGGAGGAGGAGCCUCGACGAGCUCAGGACGGUCAUCAUCAUCAAGCGGUUUUGGAGGAGGAGGAUCGUUGAUAACGGUUGGUUUUCAGAUAAUGGUGAGCAAUUUACCGUCGGCUAAACUGAAUAUGGAGUCGGUGGAAACGGUUAAUAACCUGAUUGGAACCACUGUGCACCAAAUUAAAACCGCUUUGAACAACUGUCCUAGUGCUUCAACUACAGCUUGAAAAGCCAUUAAAAGCUCUUCUGCUCUCUUCUGGGUCUCUCUUUCUCUUCAAUGAUGGAACAGAGAAGGGAAUUAACUCUUCUUUGCCUUCAAUGCCAGAGAGAUAGAGAGAGAGAGAGAGAGACAUUAACUCCAAUUGUUCUGCUGCUUCUGUUGGUGCUGUUCUUGGACAACCCUCAUUAAAAAAACCAGCUGGAUUCUUCUCUCUUCAUUUGUUUUUUUCUUUUAUUUUUGGGGUUUUUAAUGAGAAUUUUAGGGUCUUUUUUUAUUACUAUUGUUUUGGUAGAAACUGGAAGUCAAGAACGCACCAUGCAACUUUGACUUUCUUUGUAUGGUUCGGGCAUUGAC